AUGCCAGUGUACUGCGACGGGGGUGGAUUCGCGGGCCGCGCGGGGUUCAAGAACGUGAGCGGAAGCGAAGGAGUGUACCUUUCGGGUUGGAACAACAUCAAAGCUGUUCUCACAGAUGUGGCCGACCGGGGCGGCCUGAAGACGGCGUCGCAGGUGCUGCUGUCGGGGGUGUCGGCGGGAGCAGAGGCGGUGGUGACUCUGUGCGACCAGCUGCCCGCCCUCGUGCCCUCCGCCAAAACCACCAAGUGCCUCAUGGACUCGGGCUUCUUCCUCGAUGCGCUUGACAGGAAGAAGAAGCACGCAUUCAAGAAGACCAUAAUCCGGAUGGCAGCACUGCAUGAUUUUAUUGGCAACCCAAGAUGUGCCAGAGCUCAAGAUGCUACGAGCAAGUGGAAAUGUUUCUUUCCCGAGCACGCGACAAAGUUCAUCAAAUCGCAAGUCUUCAUUGUCAACUCGCUCUUCGACAUCAACGCACUCAUCCUCGGUAACCAGCUUCCCCCCAACAACCGACCAUACGCCUUCAACUGCAUAAGCGAGGUUAUGAGUAUACCAGAUUUGAAGAAACAAAUUGAGGCGAACACUACAUCGGCUCAAGAACUGGCGACGAAGAAUGCAAAUAAGAAAUGCACAUCUGCCGAGGCCCGGGCAGUGAUUGGAUUCGCACAGCUGCUACACCAGGUUACAGGCUCGUUAAAAUCGGCCAAGUUCAGCAGUUUUUUACAAUACGCACCUAACCAUGGUAUCAUCAACUACGAAACCUGGAACACGUUUGUUUCGGAUGGUUUGAGUUUGAGGGAGGCAGUAGAGAAAUGGUACUUUGGAUCUUGA